CCCUCCCACCAGGCGGCGCUGUGCAGCGAACACACAGCUACUGACCCGGAUGAUCUGUCACAUCUUCAUCCUGUCGUCGAAGGGCGACCGGCUCGUCUACAAAGACUUCCGUGGAGAAGCUGGAAGUGAUGUUGUCUGUAUUUUCUACGAGAAGAUCACAGCGCUGACUGGAGACCAGCCUCCUGUUGUCAUGAGUCACAAACAUCUUCACUUCAUCCACGUCAGGCAGGGAGGACUGUACUGGGUCGCCACGACGACCGACGACUCCUCGCCGUUCACCGUCAUCGAGUUUCUCAACAGGCUCACGGCUCUGGUUAAAGAUUACUGCGGCACUUUAUCGGAGAAGUUGGUGCAGAUGAACUUCGCCCUCAUCUACGAGCUGCUGGACGAGGUGGUGGACUACGGGUACGUCCAGACGACGUCCUCUGACGUCCUGAAGAACUUCAUCCAGACUGAAGCUGUUUCCUCUCGGCCGUUCAGCCUGUUUGACCUGAGCAAUGUUGGCCUGUUUGGAGCGGAAACACAGCAGAGUAAAGUGGCUCCGAGUUCUGCAGCUACCAGACCCAUCCAGUUGAGCAGAGAGCAGGGAGGAAAGAGCGAGAUAUUUGUGGACGUGAUCGAGAGGAUGUCGGUCGUCAUCGGCUCCAACGGAGUUGUGAUGAAGGCCGACGUGGAGGGAGAGAUCAGAGUGAAGUGCUACAUUCCCACCUGCUCAG